UUUGAAUUUGCUUAUUUUUUGUGUUAUCCUUUGUGAAAUCGGUUACAUCAUAUUUGCUGUCAAGCAUAAAUAUGAUAAAGACAGAAAUGCUAUUUUUAAAUGUGCUUAUAUACUCAUGUGAAACAAAGGCUUCACAUGAGUUUCAUGUUGCAUUUAAAAUCUACAAACUAGACUUUUUAUGUUUCUAAAUUGUCGGACUUCUCUGUAUACAAACAAAUGCCGCUUCACUGGUCUUCAUGCAGUGAAAGCUGGGAUGGGACUGCUUAUUGUCCUCCCCCUCAACAACCCACACACCCUCCAUCUGCUUACUGCCCCCUCUCUGUCUGCAGCCAUCCCAAAACAAGCCGUUGUCUCCAAACACAUCGUCUCUGCGUCUUUUGAUAGGUAGUUGAUAACAGACUUACAGACUGAUGGGGCUGGCUGACCUUGCAGUAUAUAAAGAGAAGACAGCAGACUUGUCACAUUCAGAGAAAGCUCCAGCACUCACAUUUUGGACUCUAGACUUUCAGAAUGGCUACAUUCUUCACUGUUGUUUUCCUGGCGUUCCCUUUCCCGCUACUGGCCUUUGACAUCAGUCAGUCCACUCGUUGCGUCACCAUCCCCGACCAGAUGAAAGUCUGCCGGGACGUUGGAUACUCUGAGAUGAGGCUUCCAAACUUCUUGGGCCACAGUAACUUGGAAGCUGAGGUGGUGCCACAUUCAGAGGACUGGAGGCCGCUGCUGCAGACGGGCUGCCACCCUCAAGCCCAGGCCUUCCUCUGCUCCAUCAUCGCCCCCGUCUGUCUUGACGCGUUUAUCCAGCCCUGUCGUAGCCUGUGUGUGGCAGUGAGAGACAGCUGUGCACCAGUGCUCGCCUGUCAGGGACAUCUGUGGCCUGAGGCUCUCGACUGCAACCGAUUCCCUGAUGAAGAAGACAUGUGUCUGACUCCCUAUGCAAAACUUAACCACUAUGCUAAAGAUUUGCCUAAACCUGCUUGCCAGAACUGUCCAUCUAUAGAAGAUGCUCCUGCAAUGAAAACAGUCUUGAGCGCAUUCUGUCAACACGACUUUGCCGUGACCGCCAAAAUCCGUCGUUUUCGCCAUCCUGGGGACGAGUCUGAAUUUCAAGUCGAGGGCCGAGUGGAGUUCAUCCGUCAGGGACCUCUGUUGCCCUACGACACGCAGCAUUUACUGCAGCAGUGGCUCCUCAUCAACGUCAGAUGUGCCAGCGCCCUUGUGCGCCCGGCGCGGUCACAGCUUUAUGUGCUGACGGGGUCCGUGCAGCCAGAUGGCACGAUUGCUCUCAUUUAUCUCUUCCCCUGGCACAAAAAAGAUGCUGGCAUCGCACUGGCCACACGGAAGUGGAAACACCACAGAUGUUAAAAGAAUGUUUGGAAGUGCAGGAUCACUUAAGGAAAAACUAAUUUGACACCAUUUAUUGCCCCAAGCAUCUGUCUCCAUGUCCACAUUCAUAUUUUGUAAUAUGAUGCACUCGACCUUGUAAAUAGCUGUGACUGUAAAGUGAUAUAUUGUAAUUUCUAUA